AUGGAAAUUGAGAUAGAAAGAAAUCUAGUGAUGCCUGGAGAUGUAGUCCCAUGCCCUACAGGAUCAAUGCCUGGAUAUGGAACUUAUCAAAAUGAGGUUGGAGAAAUCGUAUCUAAUGUAAUGGGGUAUCCUGCAAUGUACAAUCGACUUGUCUGCGUGAACUCACUAAGAGGCUGCUAUAUAGGGGAAACUGGAAACGUAGUCAUAGGGAGAAUUUCACAAGUAGGCAAUAAAAGAUGGAAAGUCGACAUUGGCGCCUCACAAGAAGCUGCUUUGCAAUUAUCGUCCAUUGACUUGCCUACAGGAGAGCAUAGAAUCCGCUCAGAAGAGGAUCAGCUUCAUAUGAGAGAAUAUUUCAAUCACAAUGAUUUACUGUCAGCAGAAGUCCAAUCAAAGAGCCAAGAAGGCAAAGCAAUUAACUUGCAGACAAGAAGCAGCAAGUUUGGAAAGCUGAAAAAUGGGAUGCUGGUAGUUGUUUCACCGAAUUUAGUAUUCUUUUUACGGUGAAUUGUGCGUAUAUUUAUUUCUUAUUAGAAUAAAAUUUAUAUUUAUUACAAAAAAGAAUAGCAAGAAUGAGGCAACAUUUUUGCCAAUUAAAUAACGAAGUUGAUAUUAUUUUUGGCAGAAAUGGGUGGAUCUGGGUGUAUUACAACAACACAAAUGAGCUUGAAGUACCACUUAUUAGAAGACAACAGAUAGUUAGGAUUAGCUGCUUAUUAAAGCUUAUGAAUAAAGCACUCGUCAUGAUUUCCCCUGAAAAAAUCCAGCAGGUAUUUGAAAGGACAUCUGAUAUUGAAUUAGAGUAAUACAUAUAUAGGGAUUUAUUAGCAGAAAGCACACUAGAAAGAAUUAAAGAUAUUGACGCUGUUGAAUAG